AUGUCGGCGGGUGGUGAACAUCUGAAGGAUGAAGGCCAACGGUACCAAGUGGUUGCCGCAGGCGCAACUGCAGGCUUAGUUUCAAGAUUCUGUGUCGCCCCUCUUGAUGUCGUGAAAAUCAGACUGCAGCUGCAGAUACACUCGCUCUCUGACCCGUUCUCGCGCCAGAACAUACGUGGACCAACCUAUAAAGGCACUAUUUCAACGUUGAGAGCCAUAGCUCGGGAGGAAGGGAUCACAGGCCUCUGGAAAGGCAAUAUUCCCGCCGAACUGCUCUACAUAUUUUACGGCGGAAUCCAAUUUACCACGUACCGGACCAUAACCCAAGCCCUCCACACCCUUCCUCUCAAUUACCGCCUACCCCAACCAGUCGAAUCAUUCAUAUCCGGUGCUGGCGCUGGAGGCCUGGCCACUUUCACGACCUACCCGUUCGACCUUCUUCGCACUCGCUUCGCUGCCCAGGGCAACAACAAAGUUUACCUAUCCCUUCUUUCCGCAGUCCGUACAAUCCACACAUGCGAAGGCCCGCGCGGCUUUUUCCGCGGCGUCAGUGCUGCUGUAGGCCAGAUUGUGCCGUAUAUGGGCCUGUUCUUUGCUAUGUAUGAGUCGUUUCGGGAGCCAGUAUCGAUGCUUGACCUUCCAUUUGGCUCAGGUGAUGCGGCAGCGGGUGUUCUGGCGAGCGUGUUUGCAAAAACAGGAGUUUUUCCACUGGACCUUGUUCGCAAGAGGCUGCAAGUCCAAGGCCCAACACGCUCAAGGUACAUUCAUCAGAAUAUUCCCGAGUACUCCGGUGUAUGGAGGACCAUGAGGACUAUCGUGCGAGAUAGUGGCGUUAGGGGCCUAUAUCGAGGGUUAACGGUGAGCUUAAUAAAAGCUGCACCAGCGAGCGCUGUAACGAUGUGGACAUAUGAAAGAACGCUAAAAAUUCUGAAGCAAAUCAAUGCAGACAUAAUCUGA